AUGCAAAAAUGGACAUCAAAAGAAUAUCUGCAAUCAAAGCUCCACAACGAUGUGACGGUGACCGUUACUCCAAAUGGGCUGGCUGAUGCUAUAUUGGAUGACAAGUUUGUCUUGCCCCACGAGCUGAAGAUGCCAAUUGGAGACGUCUUGGAUCGCAUAACCAAUUCUGAAAAACACGACGAUGAUGCCGUGUUUUACGUCCAGUCGCAAAACAACAAUAUGGGUAUUGAUGCUGACUUUAGUGUACUUUUCCAAGAUAUUCCUCAGGACAUCCCGUUUAUGACUGAGGCAUUGGGAAGGAGUCCAGAUGCCGUCAAUUUAUGGAUUGGAAACAGCAGAGCGGUCACGUCGUGCCACAAGGAUCAUUACGAGAACAUGUAUGUCGUCUUGGCUGGAUCAAAAACCUUCACAUUGAUUCCGCCAACAGAGGCGUGGUGUUUGAGCGGUACGCCCGUUAUCAGAAAAUCUGAAACCUAUACGUCACUAAGACUCUCGUCAAUAGAGAGCAUAUUUCCAGUAGCGAAAUACCAGCCAUCAAACCUGCAAUUCGAUGGAUUGACACAGUGGUCUAUCGUUGACGUCGAGCCAUCACAAAACACACCGUGGAUUCCUGUGAAUGUAAUAGAUCCCGGCUCCAAAUAUCCGUGGUUUUCAGAGUAUUGUCGACCUCAUACGGUGAUGCUCCAUGCUGGCGACAUGCUAUACCUACCAUCCUUGUGGUUUCAUCAUGUACAACAAACGUCAGAACCACUGGAUGGUUUUUCUGCCGCUAUUGCGAUAAAUUAUUGGUACGAUAUGUCCUUUGACGUCAAACACGCCUAUUUCUUGUUUGUAAAAGACCUUGAGAGUAAACUGCAUCAAGACACCAACAUGUAA